UCUGUUGGUGGAACAUAUAUUCGAGAGAGAAGCAAUGAGGUGUCUUGAAUUGUUGAAGCCGUCCACACAACCCUUAUCCAUGGAAAAUUUGUGAAAGCAGCCGGCCCACGAGACAAUAUAUACCUAAAACAUUUCUCCUGUUACCAAAUACACAGUAUUAGUUAUCAUUACAGUGUGUGUGGUUCCAUUAAUUAACUCUCAAGCUUCAAAAAGCUCCUUCCUUUUGAUGGAUCCAAAUCUGUACCUCGCCGCCAUGAAAGGGGACUUGGUUUUCCUUCGAACUUUUCAAGAGACAUCAAAUAAUCUUGAGUCCCAGCUAACCCCAUCUCAAGACACAGUUCUUCACGUCGCCACAGAAUUCCACCAGGCCGAAUUCGCAACCGCCGCCGCCAACGACUGUCCACCGCUGCUGUGGCAGGUCAACUCCUCGGGCGACACAGCCCUCCACAUCGCAGCGAGAGAGCGACAUGCUGACCUGGUCACGCAAUUCAUCGCCUGCGCGCGGAAUGCCGACGAGGGAACGGGAGAGUCCAAGCAUCUUGAAGAGCUGGUGAGAAGUGUGAAUUUGAAGAAAGACACGGCCUUGCACUGUGCUGCGAGGAGUGGAUGUUUUAAAUCUGUGAGGCGGCUGGCGAAAGCAGAUCCUGAAGUUUGUAGCUUUGUGAAUAGUGCUGAUGAGUCUCCCAUUUAUGUUGGCAUUGCCUCUCAAUUUUGGGGUAUCCAUCAGCAUAUUAUAAAAUACGCACCAUCUUCAGCACUCUACAAAGGACCCAGAGGCCUCACAGCAUUGCAUCAAAUACUGACGUUCAACAUAUGUCCACUAGAAGAGAUUGAGAUUCUGGUGAAAUGGAGGCCAGAAAUGAUAAGAGAAGGUGACGACUUAGGAAUGAUCCCUCUUCACUAUGCUGCUCUUCGUGGGAAAAUUGAUGCAAUUAAGUUGUUUAUUCAAUACGAUAGCUCUGCGAUCUACCUGUUGACCAAUAAUGGGGAGUCUGCUCUCCAUAUUGCUGCUUUUCAAGGCUAUUCCAACGCAUUAAAGGAGCUCAUAAAUUGUCGUCCUGAUUGCUACAAUUUAAUCGACAACAAGGGUCGAACACCCCUUCAUGCUGCAGUUUUAGGCAAACGAAGAGCUACUGUGGAGUUUAUAUUGAAAACACCGCCGCUUGAAAGGUUAAUAAACAAGCAAGAUUGUGAUGGCAACACAACUUUGCAUUUGGCUGCCCUCCACAAGUUUUAUGAUGCCAUUGAAGUUAUUACCAACCAUAAAAUAGCGACUUGGCAAAUUGCCAACAAUGAAUUCUCGACGCCUUUUGAUGUUUAUAAAAAACAUGACCAGGAAGGAUUAAAGGCGGCAGUAGCUUGUUACAAUCUAAAGAAUUUCAAGGGUCCACUGGCAGUGCAACAAUAUGCCAGCGGAAAACUAGAAAAGAUGAACAAAGAAGCUGAAAACGCGAGAGAGGAAGAGACAUCAACAAACAACAAAUUAAAAUUAGAUAAAAGUUCAGAUUUUGGACUAGAAAGUGCACUGGAAGUGAACCUGUUGGUGGCGAUGCUGGUGGCCACAGUAACCUUCGCUGCAGGAUUCACAGUGCCGGGUGGGUUUAUCAGCAGCGGAGAACAGGAAGGGCUCGCCAUUCUCACCAAGAAACCAUCUUUCGUGGUGUUUACAGUGCCGGGUGGGUUUAUCGCCCGUCAUGAAGAAGCUCGUGUUCGGUACAUUGGGAUUGCAGCAGAUUCCACCACUGUUGCCAUUCUUGCGAUGGUGUUGGCAUUUUGCUCGGGCACUUACGUUGUGCUUACAAAAUCAACCCCACUCUCUGUCACUCCUUACAUUAUGACUGCUUUCUUUAUGGUUUUAUACUUUGCCCUUCUCGUGGCUGACCCCGGGGUUGAUGGCCUUCCAUGCCUUUGUGGGUUUCAAAGAUUCAUACGUGGCAUUGUAAUUCGACAUGUAAGAUGCUGAGUAAUAAUACUCCUAAUCAAAAUUUAUGCCUCACGAUCGUGACUUUUUAGGCUCGUCAAUUUCACGUUUUUGUUUCUGGCAGACAAGAUGAUCACAUGAAGAGCUGUGAUACUAUAUCAACAUUCGAGUUACAUCUCAAAAGCAAUUGAGAAUUAGAAGGGUAGUUCAUAUCUAUGGGUGU